AGACAAGAACUCUGCAAGGAAAUAGCAACGAAAUUAUUAGGCCCACCAUCUAAUAUUCGUAGACCAGAUUUCUUAAAAACGCCUGAUCAUCCAUUAGGACUUGAACUUGAUAUACACUACCCACAAUAUGGUUUUGCUAUCGAAGUUCAAGGUAUACAACAUGAAUGUUUCCAUACUUUCUUCCAUAAAAACCAAGAAGAUUUCGAAAAGCAGUUUGCACGAGAUCAGCUAAAAAAAGAACUUUGCAAUAAAAAUCAAAUAGUACUUAUUGAAAUAUGGUAUUAUGAAGACCCUUACAUAGUGAUUUCUCAACAACUUCAAAAAUUAG